AUGGCAUUUAUUUCUUAUCUUCCUUAUGGUUCCCAAAACGCUGCGUUUUGGCGCAUCCUUCUCAUAUUACACUGUAUAUCUACACUAGUCUUCACUACAAUCUCAACACCACCUGAAGAUCCCGUCAAAUGUGUGUCGGGAAACUCAGAUUGUACGGUCACCAACUCAUAUGGUAUCUUUCCAGAUCGGUCCACGUGUCGAGCCGCCAAUGUAGCAUACCCAACAAACGAAGCCGAGCUCGUCUCUAUCGUGGCUGCAGCUACUAAAGCCGGACGUAAAAUGCGUGUAACCACUCGAUAUUCCCAUAGCAUCACUAAGCUCGCGUGCACGGACGGAACCGAUGGUUUGUUUAUUAGCACAAAGUUUCUAAACCACACGGUUCAAGGAGAUGCAAGAGCCAUGACCUUAACUGUUGAGAGCGGCAUGACGCUUAGGCAGUUAAUCGCUGAAGCGGCUAAGGUUGGUUUGGCUUUGCCUUAUGCACCGUAUUGGUGGGGACUAACCGUGGGUGGUCUAAUGGGGACUGGUGCUCAUGGGAGCUCGUUGUGGGGUAAAGGAAGUGCGGUCCACGAUUAUGUGACGGAGAUCAGGAUGGUUAGUCCUGGCUUGGUCAACGAUGGGUUUGCAAAAGUUAGAGUUUUAAGCGAAACUACGACUCCUAAUGAGUUUAACGCGGCUAAGGUUUCUCUUGGCGUUCUUGGCGUCAUCUCUCAGGUGACGUUUAAAUUGCAACCAAUGUUUAAAAGAUCGUUAAGGUAUGUUAUGAGCAACGAUUCGGAUUUCGGGGAUCAAGCCGUGACAUUUGGGAAAAAACACGAGUUUGCGGAUUUCAUAUGGUUACCGAGCCAAGGCAAAGUGGUGUAUCGAAUGGACGACCGAGUAGCAGUCAACACGUCGGGCAACGGUUUGUUUGAUUUCUUGCCGUUCCGCUCGCAACUUUCUGCGGCAUUAGCCAUCAUAAGAUCCUCAGAGGAGACGCAAGAGACGUUCAGAGAUGCGAAUGGGAAGUGUGUGGGAGCCACACUCAUUUCAUCUACACUAUUUGCUACUGCAUACGGUUUGACCAACAAUGGCAUUAUAUUUACCGGCUAUCCGGUCAUUGGAACCCAAAAUCGUAUGAUGUCGUCAGGAUCGUGCCUAGACAGUCUUCAAGAUGGAUUGAUCACCGCGUGUCCGUGGGACUCACGUAUAAAAAGCGAAUUCUUCCACCAAACAACUUUUAGUGUUCCGCUCACGCAAGUCAAAAGUUUCAUAAACGACAUCAAAUCUCUUGUCAAGAUCGAGUCAAAAUCUUUAUGCGGACUUGAGCUCUACUACGGUAUAUUAAUGCGUUAUGUCACAUCUUCUCCAGCUUAUCUUGGGAAAGAAACAGAAGCCCUAGACUUCGACCUAACAUAUUACCGAGCCAAGAACCCAUUAACACCACGACUUUAUGAGGAUUUCAUCGAAGAAAUCGAGCAAAUUGCAUUGUUUAAGUAUAACGCAUUGCCACAUUGGGGUAAGAAUAGAAACUUAGCGUUUGAUGGAGUGAUUAAAAAGUACAAAAAUGCACCCGCGUUCUUGAAAGUAAAAGGAAUUUAUGAUCCGACGGGGUUAUUCUCUAGCGAAUGGACCGACCAGAUCCUAGGGAUCAAAGCAAACGCAACAAUAGUAAAAGAUGGAUGUGCAUUAGAGGGUUUGUGUAUAUGUUCGAAGGAUACUCAUUGUGCUCCGACCAAAGGAUAUUUGUGCCGACCAGGAAAAGUCUACAAAGAAGCUAGAGUUUGUACACGUGUCAGUGGCAUAAGUGUGAUUCAGUCAGUAACUCAUUAA